AUGCGCUUGCACAGUUUCCUACGACUGUUUCCGGUUAUACAUUUGGCCAAUUGUCUUAAGUGGGAUGAUAUUAGUGGCUUAAGAGAUGCAGACGGCUUGAUUGAAGUGACAGACGACAACUACCAAUUUCUCUCGAAGGGCCCGAGAGAAUUCUAUUCCGCACUCUAUGUGACUACAUCGCAGGCCAACUCAGAGGGAGAAGUCUGUAAAUAUUGUGAUUUGUUUGAAGGCAACGCUCGGAAAGUGUCGCUCGCAAUGUUAACUCAAUUGUCGGAGGAGGCCAGCCGAGAAGUGUUUUUCUUCAUGCUGGACAUCUCAAAGUGCAGGUCAUUUGUAGAGGAAAUAGGGUUGAAAACCAUACCUCACAUGCUUAUUUAUCCGCCAUACACUAAAGACGACAAUUUUGCUUGGUCAAGCAGUCAAUUCUAUCAAUUUCAUAUAACUGAUGAAAGUGCGCGCGAUCCUCUCUUGUUUGCGGACUACUUCGCCAAGAUCCUGAACGUCUACAUUCAGGUAACGCGUGAUUUUGACGUAAAUGAGUUUGCUUGCUAUUUCUCGGCGUUUUUGGUGUCAUUUUUCGUUUUAAAAAAGAAGAUUUUACCGCGGAUACCAAAUAAGCCCCGUUUCUUCUCUUUGGUGUUUACUUUGGCGAUCAUAUUCACUUCAAUAACAGGCUACAAGUUCACCAAAAUGAAUAACAUUCCUCUUAUAGCCAAAGACGGCCAGGGUCAGAUAAUGUUUUUCAGCGGUGGCAUGGGUUGGCAAUUUGGGAUCGAGAUCCUCAGCGUUACAGGAAUGUAUAUGGGAUUGGGGGCGUGUACUGUUGGCAUGAUUCUACUGCCCAGGCUGAAGCUCAAUAAUGGGAUGUUCAAUUUGGUGUCGAUAAUCUUAUUAGUACUUGGAUUUUAUGGAUUUGCAUAUUUUACACAAUGUUUCAAGAUUAAACAACCCGAUUAUCCGUCACUUGUUUGA